AUGAAGGUGAUGGAUGUAUUUUUGGAAGCGAUUGAUGUCACAAGAGAAGCCUGCUUCUCAAACGGUCAAGUUGAACCAGGGAUGACAGUGCCGCCUGCCCCAUCAACGACGGUCAUGGGCAACAGUCUCUCCCCUUCAUCACAGAAUACUCAAAACCCCUAUGUUGGAAUGGGUUUUGGGGAUGAGGGGCACAUAGGAAACCCUGUCCUAGCGGCGACUCCCUUUCAACCUGUGGUAUGGCCUGUUUACAGCCAGUCUUGGCCCUUCUUGCCCACUAAAGGCCCCAUCCAUAAAUUCCAGGAUUUAUGCAAUGAGGAGCACAAAAACAGGAGUGUUGAGAAAGCAAUGAUAUCUGUUGAGGACCGAGAUCUCCUGGCCUUAUAUUAUGAAAAGGCCUUCGAGAAUCUCCAACAAACAAAUUGCCGAACCCUUGCAAAAGCCUAUAUCAAGCUCGUGGAGCCUCGCAAACAGGUGAACUAUCCAUACAAUGGGCGAAAGAUUGUUGCGGGAACCCCAAGACAGCUUGAUCAUAAUGUGACUAAACCACCAUGGUGGCCCUCUGAAGUGAGCCACCGGGAGCCAGAUCAUCUUCCUAAAGCUGAACGCAUUCGGCUUCUGGUUUACAUUCUUCAGGAGCUACGCAUCAGUCACGGGAUCUCAGUUGCAAAGCUGAAAGAACUCGAUCAGUCGAUUCGUCAUCAAUUGUCUCCACCCGAGCGAUUACAUAUUCUAGACGAGAUCUACCAAGUCAGGGAACAAGAAGAACAAUUCUUAGACGGAAAAACCAACGGACAAACGAUGGCGUCGAUCUCUUGUGCAAAUUUUCCUGAAACAGAAGGGACCGCUGGCCACACAAACAUCAGCAAAAAACGCAACGGAGACGGUAGCUCCACUAUCCCGGUCACCUUCCGAGAUACGGAGACACCUAUAGGAUACGCGGAAUAUGCCUCUGCUAUGGAUGCGCCUCAGGGUGCAUUUACGCCUAGUGGACACUUCCCAAAUCUAGCAUCGAGCUAUCACGCCGUCCUAAGUCAAAUCGGGAAGAGUAAACCCAGAGAACAAAUACUCCCGCACCAACCCAGUUUUGACUCUACUAUGUCUGUCUCUCCUAGGCGUUUGAAGAGGAAGCGCGACUUCGUUGAGAUCCACCCGGCUAAGCCAAGGAGCCCUAACGCCCUUGCGCACUAUUUCGCUCCUCCCCCUGGUGCUAGUCAGUUCUAUGGCCCUGCUUAUCCAAUUCAGUCCCCUGCGGUUCCAGGGACCAGGCAUUCUAUGCUGGGAAUGCCAGAGGACCCAUUUGUGGCUUAUAAUGCCCCGUACUAUAUUGGGCGUGAAAUUUCUUGA